AUGGAUUUGGGGGCCUUCGAAGAACAGUUGAAUCUGGGAUGGGUUUUGUUUGGGCGCAAAGUGCACUUUCAUGGAUCAAACGUGAAAGGAAGUGAUACUCUUCCAAAGGAGGUUCGCGAUCAUGGCAACUAUCUACUGUGCAGUAUUCUGCUGGGCAACGUCCUGGUCAAUUCGACAUUCACGAUCCUUCUGGACAGUUUGACUUCCGGGUUGAUUGCGGUCAUUUUCUCAACCAUAGCCAUCGUUAUCUUUGGAGAAAUUACACCGCAAGCGCUCUGCUCCCGGCAUGGUCUGGCCGUCGGUGCCAAAACGAUCUUCAUCACCAAGGCUGUGAUGCUCAUAACGUUCCCGUUAUCCUAUCCAACGUCGAAGAUUCUCGACUACAUUUUGGGCGAGGAAAUUGGCAACUUUUACAAUCGAGAACGUCUGAAAGAGCUGGUUAAGGUUACGACGGACAUCAACGACCUGGACAAGGACGAGGUAAACGUGAUUUCCGGCGUGCUCGAACUCCGUAGGAAGACUGUCGAAGACGUCAUGACCCGCAUCGAGGAUGCGUUCAUGUUGUCCCUGGAUGCUGUGUUAGAUUUUGAAACCAUAACGGAAAUAAUGAAAUCUGGUUUUUCGCGUAUACCUGUGUACGAACACGAUAGAAGUAAUAUCGUAACAUUACUGUACAUAAAAGAUUUGGCCUUUGUCGAUCCGGACGACAAUACGCAGCUUAAAACGUUGAGCGAAUUUUACCAGAAUCCGUGCCAUUUUGUGUUCGAAGAUGUCACAUUAGAUGUGAUGUUUAAACAAUUUAAGGAAGGCCACAAAGGUCACAUGGCCUUCGUACAUAGGGUAAACAACGAAGGCGAAGGUGAUCCUUUCUAUGAAACCGUUGGACUAGUUACCCUGGAAGACGUCAUCGAAGAGCUGAUCCAAGCCGAGAUUAUGGAUGAAACUGACGUCUAUACCGAUAAUCGGCGCAAAGUACGAAGGGAUCGUACCAAAAGACAAGAUUUUACAGUCUUUGCACAAGGUCGUGAUACGAAUUCGCAACGUCUUCGCAUUUCUCCUCAGCUAACUUUAGCUACGUUCCAGUAUUUGAGCACUUCGGUCGAGGCAUUCAAGAAUGAUAUGGUUUCGGAAACGAUUCUCCGUCGUUUGCUAGGCCAAGAUAUUGUUCAUCACAUUAAGAGCAAGGGUAAGGAUCGUAACGAUCCUAGCAUGUAUAUCAUCAACCGCGGCAAACCGGUUGACUUCUUUGUACUUAUCCUGGAAGGUCGUGUCGAAGUGAAUGUCGGCAAGGAGAAUCUUCUCUUUGAGAGUGGGCCAUUCACAUUCUUCGGCACGCAAGCCCUUAUCCAAAACAUUGGCUGCGAUGUUCCGAUAGAUUCACCCCAGCAAAUAAUGGGCUCGUUACAAUCGCUCAAUAUGGAUGCCAUGCUUCGCCAUACCUUCAUCCCGGAUUAUACUGUAAAGGCUGUUACGGAAGUGGUCUACCUGCAGAUCAAGCGCAACUUGUACUUAGCCGCCAAACGAGCCACCCUGAUGGAACGCAAACAGCGUCUCGGUACCGAUCAAUCGAUGGAUCCGAUCGACGAUGAGGUCGAAAAGCUGCUGCAUUCCCUUGACGAGGAUGAUCGCAGUGUCGGUGCCGAUACCGCCAAUCUGCAGACUCCGAGAGCCAGCAAACCGCCCAGCAAAGCCCCCUCGCCGACGCUUAUGAUGAUCGAAAACAACGGAGGAGGGCCAACGGUAAAUGUUCGCAGCAACAGCCUAGCGGUAACGUUCGAUGACUCGGACAAACCGCUGCUCACCCGUUCCAAGUCCUAAGUUCUUAUUUGUACUCCUUAAUUAUUAUUGAUGAAGCAACUAAGUAAAUCGCGUAAGUUUAACGUAAUGUUUGUAGUCCAGUCGUUGUAGUCAAAUGAUCAUUACUAUUAUAUUUGCUAUUAAAUACGAGAACAAAUCAAAGGUAGAUUAAGACAUUUAUGGAAGAUUUUUAUUACGUUACUGCAUAAGCCCUCACACAGAAUCAAAAAGUUGCAUUGGUGCAUGAAAAAAGUUCACACACUUUAGCCCGUAAGUUUAUCCAUCCCGGGAUUGCAUUUGUCGCAUUCUUCAGUUACUAAUUUUGUUUUAUUAAGAUGCAUUCACAUUUAUUUUAUUACCGGUAUUUAGUGGAUAGUGAACACGAUCGAUUUAAAUAUAAGAAACGAAGAAGGAAACAAAACACAAUUUUCUCUGAUGUAUUCUAUUCACCCCAUAAUAUGUUCUCAUGUUACUUUCCCAAGGAUGGACUCAGGUCUUCGGUGGAAACUAUUUUGCGUUGCACAAAAUACAUCAGUGCCAUUGUGAUAUUUCAUUACACUUCAUCAGGAAGCAACACUUUAAACCCAUGAACACUUGAAACCUCUCACUCAGAUGUACGUAUUGCCAAAUUAACGUUGAAAUUAAAUCGAACAAAUCAGGAUCAAUUUAUUAUCUCUGAACUGUGCAGUCUUUACACCGUGAUGGCUGCUCAUAAUUUUAACUUGUCGAACUAAAAGUUUCGCCUGUCGUCUUCUGGUAUUGUUCAGCAGACUUAAUGAACAUUUUUGGUGCGAAAGAGUCUGUUAAAAUUGUUGAAAUAAAAGUGGAGGAAAAAAAUGCAAGGUGUGUUUGUGAUUACAGGAUUCCAAUUCUACAAACAUUGCAUUGAAAAUAAUUUUUAACCUUUUUUUAUUUGUCAAAAAUUGUUUCUCGUAUAUUUUCAAAAUAUGUGUUGUGUAGGCAAUAAUAGCACGUUUAGGGAGUUCCAGAAACCAGAAUCGGUAUGUGAUUAAGACAGGUAUUAUUAGUUCCUGUUAAUUUUCUUUUGUUUUUAGAACCCCGUUUUAGCCAAGGAAACAUUGUUUGAUGUUUUCUAUUAUUAAACCUUCUAACGUAAACGCAAUAAAAAAUUUAUGUUCGCCGAUAUUUCAUUUUCUUUAAAUAGGAUUGUUAGUUUGAUGAAAAAUCAGUUGUUAGGAUCCCUUUUUUAUCAAAAUGUUACCUGGAGAUUUCGAUACC